GUCAGAUUGCACUAGUGUAGCUCCAGAAGCUGUGAGCCAAGGAUAGUCUAGAUGGUGAGCCUUCAAACUCUCCAGGCUGAGAGGACAAAGUGGUGUUUGGUACUGGAAGAAAAGAGGACUUGCAAUGACUCCCUGGCAGGACCCAAGGACUUCAGGAUGGACACCGGUGCCUAAGGAGUUUCAAUCCUUACCCAGAGCUCUGAGCCAAAGAUACCUGUGUCUCAAAUAUGGCAGAAACGUAACAACGAAACCUUGAAGUGACUAUUCCAGCAACCCAGUGUUACAAGUGACCUUUUACGGAGCUCAGCAUUGAUUUAAAUAUGCUGAUGAAAUCACUUGGCUUGCAAGAUGUUUGAUAGAAAAAUGAAACCUUAAACUACCAACUGAGUUUGAACAGAUGAUGUUUUUCUGACUAACACACCAAUAUUCAUUAAACAGAAGUAUGUGUCCAAAGUUCAGAGACACAUUCUACUUGCUUAUUACAGAACUAAAUUUGAAUUUUCCUCUAGUCUUGUUCAGUUACUACAUUGAAAGAAUUCAAGGACUUGGAGAGAUUACUAGUUUCAAGAUUGAAUGAGAAGUUAUCAAAAAGAAUCUCCUGUAUAAAAAUUUGUUAUUGUGUUAGUAACCCAGAGGCACCUAGUAUUUUUCAAUUCAUUUUAGGAUUAUUUCUUGGAGGGACACUUCUGAAGCUCUUGAAUCCUUUCUAAAAGAUCUCAAUCACGAAAGUUCUCCACUCAAGUUUCAGAUUUCUCCCUUUCCCUCCAUCUAUACCCCAGAACCAGGGUCCCUCUUGGGCAUGGAUUAGAUUCCGGUGAGAAGGAAGACAGUUCACAUUGAUAAAGCAAUACCCCUGGGAAAAGACGAUUAACAUGUAUAAAGGGAUUUCCCUGCAGUAUAAGUACCAAGCACGCGCCCUCCUGGUGCUCAGGGCCUUCCUGAUGUAUAUAUGCAGGGAGUGAGAUUUGAAACGGCCCUUGGAAACAGUAAUAGAAUAAAAGUCUGAGUUGGGGAGCAGCAGUUCUCAGCUUUCUACUGUCUUGUGGGAAUGAGUUGCCAACCUUUUACUUCGGCUGAUACCUUCAUACCUCUGAAUUCGGAGGCUUCUGCAACGCUGCCUCUGAUCAUGCAUCACAGCGCUACCGAGUGCCUCCCAGUCUCCAACCAUGCCACCAACGUGAUGUCCACAGCAACGGGACUUCAUUAUUCUGUUCCUUCCUGUCAUUAUGGAAACCAGCCAUCGACCUAUGGAGUGAUGGCAGGUAGCUUAACACCUUGUCUUUAUAAGUUUCCUGACCAUACCUUGAGUCAUGGCUUUCCUCCCAUGCACCAGCCUCUCCUGGCAGAGGACCCCACAGUCACUGAUUUCAAGCAGGAACUCAGGCGGAAAAGUAAAUUGGUUGAAGAGCCAAUAGACAUGGAUUCUCCAGAAAUCCGAGAACUCGAGAAGUUUGCCAAUGAAUUUAAAGUGAGAAGAAUUAAGUUAGGCUACACCCAAACCAACGUCGGGGAAGCCCUGGCAGCUGUGCACGGCUCUGAAUUCAGUCAAACAACUAUCUGCCGAUUCGAAAACCUGCAGCUCAGCUUUAAAAAUGCAUGCAAGCUAAAAGCAAUAUUAUCUAAAUGGCUGGAGGAAGCUGAGCAAGUAGGAGCUUUGUACAAUGAAAAAGUGGGAGCAAAUGAAAGAAAAAGGAAGCGAAGAACAACAAUAAGUAUUGCUGCUAAAGAUGCUCUGGAGAGGCACUUCGGAGAACAGAAUAAACCUUCCUCUCAAGAGAUCAUGCGAAUGGCUGAAGAACUGAAUCUUGAGAAAGAAGUAGUAAGAGUUUGGUUUUGCAAUCGAAGGCAGAGAGAAAAACGGGUGAAAACAAGUCUUAAUCAGAGUUUAUUUACUAUUUCUAAGGAACAUCUUGAAUGCAGAUAAAAUUUAUUAUUGUGUGACAGCCAAUUUUUUGUUUUUCAUUCCUUUCUCUUCUCCAACGAAAAUAGAAAUUAGUUAUUUGGUUGGCUUCAAAAAUCAUUUUAUAUCAGUAACUUUUACAGAAGCUUUUCUACUUUUUUAAGAGAAUACAACUUAAAUAUUGAUGAAUUAUUUUCUUUAAAGGAAUUAUUCUCUGAAGCCAAACUGUGCAUGUUUCAACCAAAGAUACCAACAGGAAUAAAACAGUGAUCCUCUCACAUUCUUUCUCUCUCUCCCUCUGGCUCUAUCUACAGACACACACAUGCACACACACACACACAGUGUGCAUGUGGUCUUCUAGUCUGAUUCCUUUUCCAAAGGCUGUUUAUUAGCUUUUUAACAUUUCAGUCACAAUGCCAAGUAAAGAAUAUCACAACGGAAGAUAAAUUAGAAAAUUGAUUAACCAAUGUCCUGCUUACCAUCAGCUCUAAUAGUUUGAACUGAAUAGUUUGCACUUAAGAGCCAGAGGUGCCUUUGAAUUUUAUUAGUGCAUUUAGAAAUAAAUCUUAAUCAGAAGUGACACUUUUUAUCUUUUUAUUCUUCCCAGAGAUUUAGCUUUUUUGAUGUUUAUUUAUAGAAAAUAUCUUUUAUGGAUUCUUGAACCCCAAACAGCUCUUCUGUAAGCUACAACAGCGCAAGAAUGAUACAUGGUUUGUCUUUGUUCCUCCAUUCCCCGGGAAAGUGUUUGCGCCUAGUGGGCAUGCUAUCUUUGUUAAAUCAACAAAGGAGUGGGCUGUUAACAACCACUAAGAACUUGAA